AUGUUCUUGUUGCAUAACCGCGGAGAGCUCAUCGCCAUCUACGGACUCUCUGUCCUAGGAGGCAAUGAGCUGGGACCUAUUGUCAAUGGGCCGAAGGAAGUUAGGAUUAGAAUUGAUAUUGAGACUCGAUUCGAGGAUGCGGAGGGUCAGAGUAGCAUCUCUGCCGAGGAUUCGUGCGUAUGCAUUCUCAACCACCCCCGCCGGCGGGAGGUCGACCUCUCCGAGCUGACCCCGACGCCGAUCACCCUUUUGUCCGAGACGGAAACCCUGAUGGCCGACUCGGUAUCGAAGUUCGCAGUGGAGCAAAUCGGCCCGAAGGUGCGGGAAAUGGACGAAGCCGAGACUAUGGACGCGAAGGUCGUGGAGCAGCUCUUUGAGCAGGGCUUGAUGGGCAUUGAGGUACCAGAGGAGUUCGGUGGCGCCGGAAUGAACUUCACCGCGGCGAUCGUCGCGAUCGAGGAGCUGGCACGCGUCGACCCCAGUGUCAGCGUGCUGGUCGAUGUUCACAAUACACUGGUCAACACCGCGAUCAUGAAGUACGGUGAUGCCCAGGCCCAGCGUACCUGGCUGCCCAAGCUGACUACCGGCACUGUCGGCUCGUUCUGUCUCUCCGAGCCUGCGUCUGGCUCUGAUGCCUUCGCCCUCCAAACUAAGGCCGAGAAGACCGCCGAUGGUUACAAGCUCAAUGGCUCUAAGAUGUGGAUCACUAACUCUAUGGAGGCUGGUAUCUUCAUCGUCUUUGCCAACAUUGACCCCAGCAAGGGCUACAAGGGUAUCACUGCUUUCAUUGUCGAGAAGGAUACCCCCGGCUUCUCAAUCGCCAAGAAGGAGAAGAAGCUCGGAAUCCGUGCUAGCAGCACUUGUGUGCUCAACUUUGACGACUGUGUGAUCCCCAAGAGCAACCUGCUCGGCGAGGAGGGACAGGGAUACAAGUACGCCAUCAGCGUGUUGAACGAGGGUCGUAUUGGUAUCGCCGCUCAGAUGACCGGUCUGGCCCUCGGCGCAUGGGAGAACGCCGCACGAUACGUUUGGAACGACCGCCGCCAAUUCGGCGAGCUCAUCGGAAACUUCCAGGGCAUGCAGCACCAGAUUGCGCAGGCCUACACUGAGAUUGCUGCUGCCCGCGCUCUUGUCUACAACGCCGCCCGCAAGAAGGAGGCUGGCCAGGACUUCGUCCAGGACGCCGCCAUGGCUAAGCUGUACGCCUCCCAGGUCGCCGGCAGGGUAUCCAGCUCUGCUGUUGAGUGGAUGGGUGGUAUGGGCUUUGUCCGUGAGGGCAUUGCCGAGAAGAUGUUCCGUGAUAGCAAGAUCGGCGCUAUCUACGAGGGUACCAGCAACAUCCAGCUGCAGACCAUUGCUAAGCUUCUCCAGAAACAGUACACGAACUAGACGAGAUGGUGUUGGAUACCUACCUAAAUGGCUUUGCUUAUAAAUAGUUUGAUUUCAUCCAUGGAUGCACACUGCGGCGUAUUGCUUGUUUCUUUUUGGGUAUGUAUUCAUCGUUCCCUCUGGGAUAUACAAAACAUGAAGAGCCAUCUUGGGUCAUCCCUGUCACCAUUUCGAAUUCGCUCCAUUGAGAUGUAUAAAUGCCAAACUGUGUAUACAAUAAGAGUAAAGGAGCAGCGCCGAUGAUGGCCCCAGUCAUGCCAAUGUGCGCG